AUGUUGCUGAUUGUUGGUGUUCCUGGACUAAUACAGGCGCAGCUGCUAGAUUCGCUGUUUGGCACGGAGCGCGGCCUGUCAGCCAGCAGCGAGGUCAGGGCUGAGAUCAACGAGCUCAUCACGCAGCUCGAGGCCAAGAACCCCAACCCCUCCUUGACAGAGGCAGAGAAGGUGCUGGAUGGGCAGUGGAAGCUGGUGUACACAUCCAACAGCGAGCUCUUUGCCCUGCUGGCGCUGUCUCGCCUGCCCUUUGUCAGCGUUGGUGACAUCACACAGAAGAUCGAGGCCUCCACCUUUACCGUUCAGCUGACGGUGCCCUUCUCGCGCACGUCCUUCAGCACAACCGCGUCCUUUGAAGUGCGCAGCCCGAAGCGGCUCCAGGUGCGAUUUGAGCGGGGCACUGUGGCGACUCCCGAGCUGCUGCAGGACGUGGAGCUGCCCUCCAGUGUGAGCGUGCUGGGGCAGCCUAUUGACUUGAGCUCUCUAAAGCCGGCGCAGAGUGCGGCACAAGAGGCGAUCCAGCGGCUGGCUCGGCUGGUGUCGCAGCAGCCUGACCUGCAGUUCCCCAUCACCAGCGACAAAGCCCAGGCCUGGCUCAUCAACACCUUCCUUGACGAGGACACGCGCAUCACCCGCGGCGACGGCGGCAGCGUCUUUGUGCUGGUCAAGGACGUCUCCUUCAGCACGCCACCCCUGGCCACCACAACAGCCAUUGUGCCGAUCGCGGACUCGCCUGUUAUUACCGGCGUCCCCGCAAUUACAUCGGCUCCCGCGGUUGCACCGGCUCCCGCGGUUGCACCGGCUCCCUCGGUUGCACCGGCUCCCUACCUCUCUGUAAGCCCCCUGCCAUUCUUGCUCGUAUUACCUUCAUACCAAAGCUUCUUGGUUUGA